CCGCGGCGAGUCGCAGCUCGUUAGUCUGCAAGCGAAGCUCGGUGCGGCGUGGUCGCGCUUGAGUUCGGUGUAACAACAGUGCAACUUAAUAGAGGCUCGGAGACGGACCAAACGCAGUCAGUGCGCCAUGGAUUGCCCUCUCACAGAGCCCCUGUACCAAGCUUUGCCGGACCCCGAUUACAGCGAACUGGUGCCUCAGUCUGCCUACACGGACCAUUAUUCAUGGCACAGCGACUGGCCAUCACAGCACAUAUAUGAAGAAGAGCCAGUCUCUUUUUACUCACGUGUGUUCGGUUAUGAAAAUGACCAGUCAUAUGAACUGAGGCAACCAGUGUUUGCACCAACCCCACCACCUGACAUAAUGGACAAGUGUAUACAAGAUCUCAGCAAAGUACCUGCACAUGAAUGGCAGAAUAAGUGUGUGAAAUCAUGGACAGUGUUUGAUAUAAUGAACUGGGUCAUACACGAAUUAAAAAGCAGAGGACAAAACUAUGAAAAUGCUUGCAUGAAAUCAUUUAGAAUCAGUGCAGAAGUUUUAUGUACUUUGACAAAACAAGAGUUCGAACAACUUGACCCAAAUUUUGGUGCUAUGCUCUACGAUGCACUGCAGAAGUAUAAGAACAUGCCACCACCUUAUGUGCCUAAUGUUGCAUUGCCCCCAAUACAAAACAUAAGGUGUGACAUGUCCACAGAGGCAGAGCCAACUGUCAAUUAUGUUGAGAUCCAAAACAGAAAUUACGGCAGUACCUGUUCUGAUGGCGAAUCAGAUUCAAGCCAAAUUGGGCAAGAACAAAAACCAAAAAGAAAGCCAGUGCGCUCUCCUCCAUCUCGAGGAAUACGGAGAAAGCAAGAAAAGAAGACGGGGCGUCUGUGGGAGUUUAUAAGAGAUCUCCUUAAGAACAGAGAAUACUGCCCCAGUCUUAUAUGUUGGGAGAAUUACGAUGAAGGAGUAUUUAGAUUUGUACGAAGUGAUAAAGUUGCUGAACUUUGGGGCACUAUCAAAGAAAAUCCAAGAAUGACGUAUGAGAAGCUCAGCCGAGCAAUGAGGAAUUACUAUGCCUCUGGUAUUCUUGAACCUGUGCCAAAAACAGGUCAAUAUCCAAAGAGACUGGUUUAUAAGUUUGGCCAUGCUGCAAUUUGGAAGACUGCUAAAGACUAUGGUGGAAAUGACAGGGUAUUACUACAAGAGCAAAGUUCUUCUUCCUGUUCUGGGGAGGCGGCUCGUGUACAAAUUUGGCCCUUCAGCUACGAACUGGCAGACACCUAACCCAAAUUUCAGAUUACCAGAAUCAGGGUGAAGUAAAUCUGAGACAUUUCAAAAUGCCUGUGUGUCUGGGAUGUGCUUCAGUGUGCUGAGGACAUAAAAAUGAGACUGAAAUGGUACAAAACAUAUGUUUUUGUAAAUAUUUUUCACAGAAGAUGGUUUUGUGAAAACCAGAGGACCAGAUUUUUUAUACGUAUGCCACAAAGUGUAUAUUUAAUUUGUACAUAAAUAAAUGUUUUCCUUUAUUUAAA